AUGGAUAUCGGUGACCCAAACAAUAUAUGUGAACAUUGCAAUGCAAUCUAUUGGUAUGAGGAGCGUGUUAAUAAGGCAGUGCGUAGCGGAACAACUAAAUAUUCAACGUGCUGUGGUCAUGGGAAGAUCAAAUUGCCAAAGAUGGUGCCACCUCCAAAAAGGAUUUUCAACUUAUUCUUUGCAAGAGGAAAGAAACGGAAUGAAUUUGUAAAGCACAUAAGAAGCUUCAAUAACAUGUUUUCUUUUACAUCCUUGGGGGCUAAGGUUGAUAAAUCAAUCAACCUUGGAAAUUGCCCACCAAUAUUUAGGAUAAAUGGGCAAAAUUAUCAUUUGAUGGGAGGAUUAAUGCCCGAUCCUGGAAAGAGUCCAAAGUUUGCUCAAUUAUACAUCCAUGAUACAGAGAACGAAGUAGAGAACCGCAUAAAUGCAUUCAGUGGUGCUGACCCCAAUGACCAAACGCAUGUUGAUAUAGUUCAAGAUAUCAAGCAAGAUCUAGAUGAGCACAAUGUGUUGGUGCAAUCAUUUCGUUGGGCAAAAAAUCAGAUUGACAACAAUCCAGAAGUUAAUUUUAGGAUGAGGUUGAUUGGUAAGCGUCAAAGUGAUGCAAGGACGUACAAUCUACCCACUGUUUCAGAGGUGGCUGCUUUAAUUGUUGGCGAUCUAGACCACACACUCGGGCAACGGGACAUAAUAGUGGAGACCAAGGCUGGAUCACUCAAGAGGAUAAACGAGCUCAACCCAGCGUAUUUGCCAUUGCAAUAUCCCCUUUUAUUCCCUUUAGGCAAAGAUGGCUAUCGAGAAGACAUACAAUACUGCACAGCAUCCAAUAAACCAACCGCUGCUAGGGUUCGGGUAUCGCAGCGUGAAUACUUUGCAUACAAGAUACAUGACAGGUUCGGUGAACUGUCUUUGCUGUCAUACGCCAAGCGAUUAUUCCAACAAUUCUUGGUCGAUGCAUACACGAUGGUAGAGUCGGGCAGACUACAGUACAUAAGAAAUAAUCAGAAGGCAUUGCGGUGUGAAGCAUACAAGGGGUUGUCUGACGCGUUAACAAGGGGAGAGGUUGAUACAAACAAGCAAGGUAAGCGAAUCAUCUUACCGUCGACAUUCACUGGCGGUGCCCGAUAUAUGAUUCAGAAUUAUCAGGAUGCGAUGGCCAUAUGCAGACAUAAGGGGUAUCCAAACUUAUUUAUAACCUUCACAUGCAACCCAAAGUGGCCUGAGAUCCAAAGAUAUAUGGACAAAUGCAACCUCAACGCAGAAGACAGACCAGACAUUGUAUCUAGGGUCUUCAAGAUUAAGUUAGAUGCUUUAGUCAAAGAGAUACGCACUGGCAAGCUAUUUGGUAUUGUAACCGCAGUGAUUUAUACUAUCGAAUUCCAAAAACGUGGAUUACCACACGCUCACAUUCUCAUAUUCCUCCAAAGGUUGUCAGAAGGAUUUUCAGCUAAUCAGAUGGACCAGAUCAUAUUCGCUGAAAUACCCAACAAGGAACUAGACAGUGAGUAUUAUAAAGCUGUUGGGGAAUUCAUGAUGCACGGCCCAUGUGGACACGAAAGGCCUAAAUCUCCAUGCAUGGUCAAUCAAAAGUGCUCUAAACAUUUCCCUAAGAAGUUUGUUGAGGUAUCCACAUUGGACGAGGACGGUUACCCUAUCUACAGGCGUCGUGAAAAUGGUGCAACAGUUGAGAAAAAUGGGGUUCAGUUGGACAGCAGGUAUUGUGUCCCGCAUAACAGGUACUUACUGUUGAAGUAUAAGGCGCAUAUUAACGUAGAAUGGUGCAACCAAUCAAGAUCAAUAAAGUAUUUGUUCAAAUAUGUCAACAAAGGGAAUGACAGGGUUACUGCUGAAUUCUACAAGACCACAACUGAUGCCAACGAGAAUGCAACUGUGGAUGAAAUUACCAUGUAUUACGACUGCCGGUACGUGUCCGCUUGCGAGGCAGCAUGGCGUUUGUUGUCCUUCGAUGUACAACUAAGGCACCCGCCCGUUGAGAGAUUAAGCUUCCACUUGCCAGAAUGCCAAACAGUUGUGUUUGAGGAUGAUGAUAGGAUCGAGAAUGUUUUAAAUAGGCCGACUGUCAGUCACAGCAUGUUCACCGCAUGGUUUAACGCAAACAAGAAAUAUGUUGAGGCUAAAGAGUUGGCUUAUAUCGACAUGCCAAACAAAUUUGUAUGGAAGAAAGAUAUUAGGGAAUGGCAUCCUAGGAAGAGGGGGUUCGCUAUUGGACGCAUAUUUUUUGUACCUCCCGGCAGCGGUGAAGUCUAA